GCCGUGCACGCGCCCAUGUAAACCGUCCGAGUCCAAAAAAAUGGUGGCCAGCGCUCGAGUGCAAAAGCUCCUCCGACGAUACAAACUCGCCAUCGCCGUGGGAUUAACGAUACUGCUGAUCCAGGGACUGGUAGUAUGGAGCCUGCGGAGCCUUGAGGAGGGCGAGGCCGAGAGGAAGACCCGGCGGUCCAAGCUCCCGGACCACGCCGCCCCCCCCCUGCAGGACGCGGCGGGCUGGGAGCGGCAGAGCCCCCCCGCCACGGCGAGGAGCGGCGCCCGUCCUGAGCGGGCGGGGGCCACCCCGGGGGGCGCCGUCCGGCGGGAGGCCGGCCGCCAGGGCAAGCGCCGCCUCCCGCCGCGGGGCCGCACCACCGAGCAGUACGCCGGCGCCGUGGGGGGCGGGGCCGACGGCGUGGGCGCCGCCCUGGCCCCCCCCGACCCCUCGGGCAACCGCAACCUCAGCGAGGGGCGGGGGGGCCCGCCGCCGCCGCCGCUGGCCCCGGCGGCGGCGGGCGAGCCGGGCAGCGUGGACGGCGGCCCCCAGGGCCCCGGGGGCGCGGACUUCGUGCCCAAGUGUGACAUCGUGGGGAAGGACGCGCUGUCGGCGCUGCACCGCGCCGGCUCCCCCGCCUGCCGCCAGGACAUCGCCAACAUCGUGUGCCGCCACCAGGCCGGCCUGCUGAUGCCCACGGCCCUGCCCCAGUACUGCCCCCGCAGCGCCGGGGGCUCCGGGCCGGUCGCGGCCGGCGAGCGGAGGGGUGAGGAUCAGUCGCGGGCGGAGGCCCCGGUCAGGGUGGCCUACGUCCUGAUGGUGCACGGCCGGGCGGUGCGGCAGCUGAAACGCCUCCUCAAGGCCAUCUACCACCGGGACCACUACUACUACAUCCACGUGGACAAGCGCUCUGGCUACCUGCACCGGGAGGUUCUGGCGAUGGCGGAGCAGUACAGCAACGUGCGCGCCACGCCGUGGCGCAUGGUGACCAUCUGGGGCGGGGCCAGCCUGCUGAAGGCCUACCUGCACAGCAUGCAGGACCUGCUGUCCAUGCUGGACUGGGAGUGGGACUUCUUCAUCAACCUCAGCGCCACCGACUUCCCCACCAGGACCAACGAUGAGCUGGUGGCCUACCUCUCUCAGAACCGAGACAAGAACUUCCUCAAGUCCCACGGGAGGGAGAACACCAG